CCGUAAACGGGGUAAAAAUAAAUAAAUCAUGGCGUCCGACAGCGACAGCGAUGAAGAUUUUGUGACUUACGGGACUCCUUUGGAACCUUUGGAAGAAGACGAGCCGCUGAAGAAGCCCGUCCCGCUCCACGAUCAGACAGUCAAAGAUGAGAAGGGACGAUAUAAGAGGUUCCACGGAGCGUUCACUGGAGGCUUUUCAGCCGGAUACUUCAACACUGUCGGCUCAAAAGAAGGCUGGACCCCGUCAGCCUUUGUGUCGUCACGGCAACAGAAAGCUGAGAAACACCAUGCCAGGCCAGAAGAUUUCAUGGACGAGGAGGAUUUCAGCGAACACGGCAUCGCUCCCAGAGAGAUCACCACCAGUCAGGAGUUCUCGUCCAGCCGCAGAGACGAGGCCGGAGAGAAGGCGAGAGCCAUCAGCGCUCAGGCGGCUCUGAUCCCCGGAGACACGCUGCUGGAGGAGCUGAUCGCACCUGCCAGGUCUUCCAUCGGGGUGGAGCUGCUGAUGAAGAUGGGCUGGAAGGAAGGUCAGGGCGUCGGGCCUCGUGUGAAGAGGAAAGCUCGCCGGCAGCAGAUGGACGGUGGAGGUAAAGUUUACGGCUCCACGCUGCCCCCUGCUGGUUCGGAGGAAUCGGAGGAUGACGAUGAGGAGUUUGCUCCAGAGAACGUGACCUUUGCCCCGAAGGAUGUAACUCCGGUGGACUUCAACCCUAGGUUGGGAGUUCAGGGUUUGGGGUACCGCGGUCUGGACCCGAGCCUGGCGUUGCUGGGUCACGGCACGGCUGAACACAUCGAUCUGUUUAAACCUCAGUCUGAGACGAGGAAUCGCCUGUUCGGAGACACGAAGAGCAGCUCGAGGAGAGGAGGAGUGGUCGGACAGGCCUUCGGCGUGGGUGCGUUAGAGGAUGACGAUGAAGACGUGUACCACAGAGACUCUAUGUCCAGAUACGACACAAUCCUGGGAGAAGAGGAGCCGGGCGACAGCCUGUACGGCUGGACGGCCCCGCAGCAGUACACUAAGAAGAAAGACAGAAGUAAAGAUGCUUCGUAUCUCGGCAAAAUCCUGGAAGGAUUCACUCUGGCACAGAAACCCCUCGAGGAAAAAACAAUCUUCCCGCCUCCCUGUCUGCCUCGCGAUUAUCGUCCAGUCCAUCAUUUCCGUCCUUCGGUCGAUGUUUCACAUCUUUCCGGGGUCAGCCCCGCGUUGGCCGAGGCUCUCCGGGUGUCCAAAGGCCACAUGGUCAAAGAGGAGCCCCAGCAAGCAGGACGCCACCAGCUGGACUCUGGCCAGAGGAGGGCGCUGCUGGGAGAGGACGCCCUGCAAGGUCCCAGUUCAGUCAUGGAGCUGCUGAGGCCCGAGGACAGGCAGCGCCUGCUCAGCUUCCGCAACUCCUCUAACCCGCCCUCGGCCACAACCUCCACCCCCGUCUCCAGUCGUGCCUCGCAGACAUCAGGGAAGUCGGCACAAGUGCUGCCUGCCUCCUCCGGCCUCCAGCAGGAGGCUCUGGCUGCGUGGAGAGGCGUCCAAACAUCGUCGCAGACCUUCAAACCGUUUGAGAAAAACCCCAGCAAGCAGGCACGCUACGAACUCUACCUGAGCCGUCUCAAGCAGGGAGACAAUGAGGCUGCAGCACCUCCAAAACCUCCAGAAUCCGGGAAGAAGUCCAGGUGGGAUGUCUCUGAGCAGAAGGUGGAGAAGAAGAAGGAGGACCCGCUGGGUGAGCUUCUCAGUGCUGCACGCAACCAGACCGAGACCAAAGUGGAGCACACCCCCACGCCUGCUUUACCUGCUUCAAUCAGCAGCAGCGAUCAGGCUCCAGGAAGCAAACCAGAGAUAAAGUCAUCAGAGCAACAGAGCUCAGAGCAGAAGAAAGAAGGUGAUGAAGAAGAGGAG